AUGGGAGGGGACCCAUCUAGGAGGAAUCAGAAUCUGUACUGCACUUAUCAUCGGGACAAGGGUCAUACUACCGAACAAUGCCGGGUAUUAAAGGAUCACCUCGGGAAAUUAGUUAAGGUCAGGCACUUAAAGGAUUUCCUGCUAGACUCGAGGGACAAAGUCUUAGGGCAAGAUACCCGGCAAAGGGGGAACCCUUUCCCACCCCCUGUAGGGGUUAUUGAGGUAAUCCAUGUUGCCCCAGAGAAGCUCAUUGCAGGAAGGAGGAAAGGAGUGUUGACAGUAGUUUCGGUAGAUAGUAACCUGGAUCUACAGCUGCCGGGUAAGAAGAUGAAGUUUACACGGGAGCUGGUCUCAUUCGACGAAGACGAUUUAGAGGGGAUGAUCCAGCCACAUGAUGACGCAUUAGUGGUCAUGGCCCGGAUAAGCGGCUUCUUAGUAAAAAUGGUGAUGAUAGAUCAGGGGAGCGGGGCCGAUGUAAUGUACCCUGAUCUAUUCAAGGGACUUGGGCUAAGGAAGGAGGACCUGACGAAGCACACUUCACCUUUGGUUGGGUUCGAUCGCAAAAUAGUGAUUCCUAAGGGGCAAAUCUCUCUUCUUGUGAUUAUGGGAGGGAAAAAGGUGGCUGUGACAUUCACAAUAGUAAGUUCAUUUUUCCAGUAUACUGCCAUUCUGGGAAGACUGUGGAUCCAUUCAAUGAGGGCUGUCCCAUCAACACUACAUUUAAAGAUUAAGUUCCCCACCGAGCAAGGUGUCACCGUGAUAAGAGGAGACCAGCAAGCGGCCAGACAGUGUCUUACCGUUGUAGUGAAUUGGAAGCGAGGGAAUUAG